AAAAAUUCAAAUAAAGUCUCCAAUAUUACAGAUUUCAUUUGACUUUCAGAGGUUUUCACAUACACAUUUCAGUGUUUGUAAACACAUGCGAAUGACUCUGUGAGCACACGACUGGAUUUGUGAUGCAUUAUUACCUGCGUGCAGAACAUGCUGCUAAUAAGAGCUUGGCGAUGAGGGGCUCACUGAGAAACUCAAUUACCUUUUAAUUAUACAAAUGAGAUCCUUAGAGGAACUGUGGAUCCUGAGGUCUAAGCAGCAGAAAAGCCUGCCGAUUAACCCCUGACCCUGAGACAGUGUAUAGCAUUAUUAUUCACAAAGGCAUGCGCAUUCGUAGGAUAUUCAUGAGGAGACUUUGUCUUUUAAAUACAAUGAUUCUUCCAGUAAACAUACACAUUUUAAAUAGAGCUUUUAUAUAGUUCUUAAUGGUGGAAUUCAACUCAAAAUUGUGCUUUGUCUCCAUCAAGUGUUUAUUGUGAAUUCCAAAUUCAAUGUUGUCGGGUUCGUAUUCAACACGUGACAAGCUAACAUUUAUUUACUCAACUGGACAUUGGUGGUUUAAUUCUCAACAUGCUCCAUAAAUCCUUUAGAGUCAUUAGAGAGAUUUAUGUGCUCUUUCUGUCUCUUGGGUCUCGCUCACAUUCCAGUGAAAUGAGGAUUGUGUUGUUACAGGCAUUCUUUGGCAGAGAAAUGAUCAUUUCCCGCUCUCAGCUUGUUUUAGUCAGAUAACACUCGGAUUGGGAGGGUUUCUCCUAUUAUGUUGUGGACUGUAUAGACAGACAGCUUGCAGAGAAAUGUGCGUGCUGCUUCAGAUUGCUACAAUGAAGUGUGUGUUUCUGCAUGGAGUUUUUCUUCUCUCACUGCUGUCUUCAGCUCCAAUUACACAUGCAGGGUCACUUAGGUCCAUCAGGUCAGCAUCUGAACCUGUGCAUUGCUUGUGGGGCUCCUGGUCCAGCUGGUCAGCCUGUGAUCGCUGCUCCAAAACACAGACACAGAUCCGCUUCGUAGCAGUCUUCUCUCAGUUUGGCGGUCAGCCUUGCACUGGAAGCUCAACUCGCACACAGACAUGCAUUUCGACUCAAGUCUGUCCCCUAGAGGAGGGAUGCGGAGGACGCUUCCGAUGCCAGUCUGGGAAAUGUAUCAGCCUGUCUCUGGUGUGCAAUAGUGAUCAGGAUUGUGAGGAUGGUUCAGAUGAGCAGAGAUGUGACAGUAAACCGAUCUGUAAAAUCUCUGAAAAUACUAAUCUGCAAAAACCUCCACCGAAUGUAGAGAUCACUGGUCAAGGGUUUGACGCGGCGAAGAGAGAAGCCAGAGGUACUGUCAUCAACACUAAGAGCUUUGGGGGUCUGUGCCAAAAGACCUUCAGUGGAGACCACAAAGACUUUUAUAGACUUCCUCAAAGUGUUCUCAGCUAUUCUUUUCAAGUAACAGCAAAAAAUGAUUUUACAGAUGAAUCCUUUGCCAGUUCGUGGCACUACUUACACCACUAUGAAAAACAUGAAAAAACUACAGGCACAGACUAUGGCCACGAUGAUUAUGUCUUCCAUGAUGAACUGUCACAGUCAAAGUCCAAAAAUCUGAUGAUUAUAAAGAGUGAUGUGGAAGUGGGCCAGUUCAAGAAUAAGGACCCAGAAUAUCUGCCACUUUCUGAAGACUUCUGGAAAGCUCUGGUGGCGCUGCCUGUUGUAUAUGAUUAUGCUGCCUACCGCAAUGUGCUGGAGAGAUUUGGCACCCAUUAUAUUUCAGAAGGCUCUCUUGGGGGCCAUUUUAAAUUAUACCUGAUGGCCAGCGAAGAUGUUAUUUCUAAACUGAAAUCUGAGAAAAGAGACUAUGAGGAUUGCGUUGUAACAAGCCAUUCAGUCAUGUUUUUUAUCCGGUGGUCCACAAAAACUUGCAAGACCGACACUAUUGAUGAAACCAAAACAUUUUAUAAAAGCAUACCAGAAAGUGAUAUGAAAACAGAUAUCAUUGGUGGAGAUCCUGGAUUUAUUGCAAAAUUGUCAAUGUUUUACAAAUAUGAUGUAAAAGAGAAUGCCAGGACUUUUUCCCAGUGGUCUGGAUCACUGAAGUACUAUCCACGCAUCAUCAAAUCUAAGCUCAGAUCUCUGCAUGAACUGGUGAAAGAAGUGCCGUGUGCAGGGCUGAAAAGGUUUCUCUUAAAGCGUGCAAUUGAGACGUACCUCACAGAGAAACACUCAUGUCAAUGCAGAGAAUGCCAGAAUAAUGGGCUGCGUGUGCUGGAUGGAAACGUCUGCAAGUGUGUGUGUAAACCGGGAACUAGUGGCCAAGCCUGCGAAUAUGGGACAGCAUAUGAUGAACAGCCAGGAGUGAUUCAUGGAGACUGGGCCUGCUGGUCUUCAUGGAGCAGCUGCAGUGGAGGACAGAAGAGUCGCAGACGCUCAUGCACCCGUCCUGCUCCAUCAGGUGGACGCGACUGCAUUGGGAACACUGAAGAGAGGACAGCCUGUGAAGAUGAAGAGGAAUUAAACCACCUGCGCUCAAUGGAGCCUCACUGCUUUGAUGAUUCGAUUAAACCCAGGGAAAGCUGUAAAACGCCGCCCUUCGUUCCUAAUGGCUUUGUUUUGUAUCCUAAAGAUGUGUAUCCGGUGGGCAGUAAGAUUGAGUAUACUUGUAUCGAAGGCUAUCAUUUGAUUGGCAAUGCUAUAGCUAAAUGUCAAGAAGAUCUGAACUGGCUGCAGUACCCAGUGGAGUGCAAGAAAACACAAUGUGAUCCUCCUCAGCUUCCUCCAGAUGUCACCGCAAACCCCUGGAAACUGAACUAUAACAUCGGUGAAGCCAUUGCUUUGUCCUGCCCUGAAGGCAAAGUCAAAGAAGGUCUGGAUGAGAUUCAGUGCAAUGCUGGCCUUUCCUGGUCACCACAACCAAAAAACACCAAGUGUCUCACAGUUUUAAAGCCGACGGUUGUGCCAGUGAAAUGCCAGCCAUGGGAGAACCUGGCUAAGGACAAAUGUGUGUGUAAAGUUCCUCACCAGUGCAAGUCUUCUUUAGAGGUGUGUGUGACUGAUGAGAAACGCGGUCGGACACAGAGGCUGAGUGUGUGUAAAGUACAGGCCAUGCGGUGUCUGGGUCAUCAGUACAGCCUCGCUGAAGACUCCGCCUGUCAGUGGACACAACCAUCAACCAAUAACUGUACACGCUGCACACUCGGAGAAACAUGCGACGAGCAAACAAACAGCUGCCGUUGUAAGACGAGUGAGGAUUGUUCAUCUCCGGACACCUGGAUCCACGUGUGUGUUAAGCAGGACAAAGCGUCUGCUCCAGUGACAAUGACUGAGUGUGAGGUUGCCAUGAGAAAGUGCAGAGGAGAAACCGUCCACAUAGUCAGCAUUCAGGCCUGCCAGUCAUAAAUGCAGAGCCUCACAGACCAAUUAAACAUUCAGACCACGCUUUAUAGUGAAAUCAGGGUGGCAUUUCUGUAUUCGCUUUCUUAGGCUUACAGAAUAUUAAUUCAAAACACAAUAAAUAUACUUUAGAAACAACAAAAUGGUUUGACAGGUAUACUUGAUUGUGUUUCUUUUUUUAUACAGAAAGUUUGGGCAGUAAAAGGAUAACAUCAGUUACAUCUUUUUGUAGGACAAUCCUCAGAGUCUGAGUACAUGAAUGGUUUGCAAGAGUGUAGUCAAAGACAACAUGAAUGUGGGCUUCCUAGUGAGUAAUUGCUUUUACCCCCACUGGAAGCGCUUCAAAAAUGACUACAGCUAUUUAAAUAUGUCAUGUCUUUUAUUGUAUAAAACAUGAUAAUAUGUUGAGCUUAUAUUAACAAAAAGAAAGCAUCUUAUAUUAACAGACAUUAUUUCAACCAUUUAAGAAAGAAAGAAUUAUACAAACAACUAUAAAAUGCAACUUAUUUUUGGCUCUUGGCAACUUUUUGCAGUGCAGUCAACAACAUUAUUGGUCUGUUUUCCUGAAGACAAGUGUAUGAUAAAAUGCUAGUUUUGACCAUUUGUUUACACAACAGGGCUAUUUUUGCGACCUGAAAAUUAAAUUGCUUUUAAACUUCAAGUAUAAUAUAAUAUUACGAUAAUUAUGGAGUCAAUCUAGGGCCAUAUAUACUUGCAAAAUAAAAGAAAGUCCUUUACAGAUAAUUAUGAGUUGGUUUAUGGUUUUUUUUUUUUUUUUUUGGAGAAAAAAAAACUACAAAAAAGCAAAAACAAACAAAUAAAGCAAAAACAAAUAAAUAAAUGCAAAUCUUCAAAAAUUGCAAAGCUAAAAUAAACUUUUGAGAAAUAAAAAUGAAAUUUGCAAACAAAAAAAGAACUGCAAAUAAAAAUCAUGCAGUGCAAAAAAAAUAAAUUAAAAAAAAAUAUAUAUAUAUAUAUUUGCAAUUUUAAAAAAACUAAAUAUAUUUGCAAAACAUAUUUAUAGCAUUGCCUUUACAAAACCUGUCCAGUCAGUUGCAAUGCACAUUUUGAUUUGCUUUUUAGUCAACCACUAUUUGCACUUCAUAUUUCUGCACGUUUCACCUUGUGGCCCUACUUGGGUAUUUACUGUAGGCCUGGACCUGCCUCCAUUAAAGCCAUGUCAUCACCUAGAGACACAGUAUCACCGAGGUGGUCUACAGCUCAGUAGGUCUGGGCCUGACGUAAACGAUAAAAGUUCCUUUGAUUCCGCCCUUCUAUCAAAUCAAGGCCACAAAGUGAAAUGCACAGAAACGUGAAGUGCAAAUAAUUAUGUUGAGUUUUAUUAUUAUUUUUUUUUUAGCAAAUGUUAUUUUUAUUUCUCAAAACUUAAUUUUAACAAAAUUAAUUUUUAUUUUACAUAAUUUUUUUUUUUUUUUUUUUGCUUUGUGAUUUUUGGAGAUUUGGAUUUAUUUAUUUAUUUUUGCUCAAUACUUUAUUUUUUGUUUGCAAAACUUUCUUUUAUUUUGCAAGUAUAUAAGGCCCUAGAUUGGCUCUAAAGACACAUUGAUUACUGAGGCUUCAAAAUAUGUUUUUAGUUGUGCAAAUAUGGAAUCAGCAUAAUUAUGUGUGCGCGAGCACUUGGCACAAUCUUGAUUGUUUUUAUCUUUACUCAGUCAAAACAUUUUCAUGUGUUUAGCCACGUAGUGCUUCAAUACAAAGUAACAUUGCCAUCUACUGGCCUGGCAUGCAUAAUACAUCAUUUGAUGUGGAUUUUGUAUGCAGAACUUUUUGUGUGCAGAAAUUUUUUUUUAAAUGCUGUUUUAGUGCAUUGUUGACAUGUAAACAAUGUACAGACAAAAAUAAAGCUUAAUAACAUA